AAAUAUGGAUUUUCUUGAGAAUUCUGAUGACCUUCUGGAUUCUUCUGAAGAGGAACAACUAGAAAAUAUGGAUACCGGUAAGGAAGCAGCAAAGAAAGUGAAUUCUGACGAAAAAGAAAAUAUGGAUUUUCUUGAGAAUUCUGAUGACCUUCUGGAUUCUUCUGAAGAGGAACAACUAGAAAAUAUGGAUACCGGUAAGGAAGCAGCAAAGAAAGUGAAUUCUGACGAAAAAGAAAAUAUGGAUUUGCUUGAGAAUUCUGAUGACCUAAAAAUGGAAGGUGAAAAUCUGAAGAAAAAUGAGGAUUCUGGAGAGGAAGAAUUAGAAAAUAUGGAUACCGCUAAGGAACCAACAAAGAAGAAGAUUUCUGGCAAGGGAAAAGAAAAGCCCCUAUCUCGAAGUGCUCGUGCUGGACUUAAGUUUCCUGUGGGACGCAUCCAUCAACGUCUGAAGAAGUUCAACAAUAACCGUAUUGUCCAAUCCACUGCAGCCGUUUGUUGCGCUGGCGUACUCGAGUACUUGACCUCAGAAGUGAUUGGAGCAGCUGGGAUGGCUAUGAACGACGCCAAUCGUAAGCGUAUCACAACUCAUCACUUGCAGGCCGCUAUUCGCGGAGACGCGGACCUAAAGAGCCUGGUUCAAAAAUUGCGCCCGCGCCGCGAAAAGAAGAAGAAGGAUGAUAGCGAGGAGGACUCGGAGUAAAAAGGCGGAUAGAAAAUUUGGUGAUGACUUGCAAGAUUUAUUUAACAAAUCAUCUUGGCUGUUAUUGUUCAAAACAUUGUCAUUU